AGGUAAUUAUGCUUUCAGCUUCACAGCUUCAUCGAUUUGUGCAACAUAUUAAUCGCCAGGCAAGCCGAAACACAUGGGUAUUGCGCCGAGUAUUCCAACCAGAAGUCACACCGCCCGGCGGAGUACAGAAAAAUCCCAAUGAUUUCCACGAUUACCAGAAAUACGAAGUUGUUGAGUUCGAAACACAAAAAUCCGCUGGUCCGAUUAAUGUGAUUUUACUUCAAGAUGUUGAAGGAAUUGGCCAUCAGUUCGAUGUGGUUAGUGUGGAUCGGACUUUGGCCCGAAAGGAUUUACUAUUAUCUAAAAAAGCCGUCUACGCGUCGCCGUUUGAUUUAAAGUACUAUUCAGAUAUGAAAACACGAAUGGCUGAAGAACUUGCUUCUCGAAUCAGAAUUCCAUAUGAGCUCAAAGUGGUUGGACGAGAUUUGCAAAAAAUGGUCAUUCCAAUCAAAGUUAAUAUGGAAAAUCAAUGGACGAUUGAUAGGAAUCUUGUAAAAAGCUCACUUCGUCAAAUGGGAGUUUUCGUUGCUGAAAAUACAAUUUUCCUCGCCGCUAAACCAAUUUCUGGCCCGAAUUUUGAUAUCGAAGCAAAACUAUUCCGAUUCUACGUUGUUGUAAAUCAACAAUACAUUGUUCCUAUGUUAGGAAGGAUUACACAUAUUUCAGUAGAUGAAUCCAAACAGAUGAUUUCUCCUACACUGACAACACCACGUGACGAGGAAUUGGCUCGAUAUUCCAUCCGAAAAGAGUUCCCAUUGUACAGUAAAAAUAACGAUUUCACGGAAGAUUUCCCAAUUUUCGAGCACAUGAAAGAGCAUGCACCAACAACUCCACAUUAGAAUUCUAAUAAUCAAUCAGACUAGAUUUAAUGUGUUUCAAUUCUUUAUUUUUGUUAUUCUUGUUUUGUUGUUUGAAAAAAAUCGAUUUUAUUUGU